CUUACAGGAAAUCUGUUGCUGUGUCAAGUUAUAGAGAACAGCUCUUGACCCAAGUUACUAAUCAGUAAGAAACACAUAUUGCUGAAGGAAGAAGCUGGUUGGGGAAAGUGUGUAGGACGACUGGGGUCAUGUUAGAGAAGGACUCACCAUGGCCACAGUUCUGUUGCUAGCUGACUGGCGAGGAAGUACAGAGCGAAGGGCAAAAUCUAUGGAAAUGAACUCCGUUUGGAAGGCCUUUGAUUUGAUGCUGCUGACCUUUCUGAUUAGCUUCUUAGUAGCUGAAUAUAAAAGCAUACGAGCAGCAACUCAAGUUUCACCAAGCAACAUGUCAGCUGGACAGGUGUCACACCAAUGCCCCACCAAUGUUACCAACUCAGUGUCUGCACAGGUGAAUACCAUGACCAACCUCUCCUGCUUUACUCACUCAAUAAAGGAUCUUAUAAUGACAACAUGGGAAAUACUCCUCAGAGACAGAGCUCCCUGUAUCAUAGCUUACAGAGAAGACAAGAAUGAAACCAAGGAAACCAACUGCUCUGGUGAAGGAAUAACCUGGGAAUCUAGACCUGAGUGGAACCACAAACUUCAGAUAGACCCAGUGACUGUUGAUAAUGAUGGAUAUUAUAAAUGUAUUUUUGUAACACCUGCUGGGAAUUUCCAAACUGUCCAUCACCUCACUGUAUUAGUGCCUCCUGUAGUAACCCUGUCUGAAGAGGGGAAUCGAACUGUUGAGUGCAAGGCUGUUGCUGGGAAGCCAGCUGCCCAGAUCUCCUGGGUCCCAAAGGGAGACUGCUUCACUGUGAAUGAAACUCAUCAUAACAGGACAGUGACUGUGAAAAGUACCUGUACCUGGAAGGGCUUCAAUGGGUCUAGUGCCACCUGCUCCAUUUCUCAUUUGACUGGGAACAAGAAUGUGUCCAUAGAACAUCAAUCCCAUAGUUCUUGGAUUGCUUUACGAUACCUAUAUGUGAUCCUUUCUGUUGUUCCUUUGGGCAUUCUGGCCAUCGUGGGAUUGGUUUUUUAUAAGAAAUCCAAUGGCUGCAGGACUUGUAAAUCCCCAAAGCCAGAAGCUACUCCAGGGCCUAGAGAGGAUGAAGUGGAGCCGUAUGCCAGCUACACAGAGAAGAACAAUCCACUCUAUGAUACUAGGACUGAGGUGAUGAUUUCUACAGCUUCAUAAAGUGAAGACUUUGGGUUGGAAUUCCAGGCAGGACUCACCAAAGGACAGGUUAAUCCAGGUGCAAUAGAAACCCACUGCUGCUUGUCAUGUCCUGGGAUUUCUGGGAAAUAGAAAACCCUCUUCUGAAACCUCCCAAUGUCAGACACUUUGAAAAUAGGACACACUUCCUAAUAGUCAUCAGAAGUGAGAUUUUGGGAAUCUUAGUAGCUACCAGCUGGUGUUCUUAUGAGAUGAUGGAUUACAGAGACAUUCCAGCAUUUGUCAUUUCCUAAGCCCCUUUCACUUGACUAACCAAACUCAUAUUCUUAGCUAACACAAUAAAAUAUUGAACCAUUUAUUUAA